AUGUCGCAAGUUACUUCAAGGGCAUCAUGGCUCUCAGUCCUGUUGGUGGCACUGCUAGCAGUGUCUACUGUCAGCGCGCAUCCAAUCCACCAGACAGAUGAAAAGAUGGAAAAAGGACAAGCUGGAAAUCUUGAACUUCGAUCACCGAGACUUAUCCCAGACACCCAGAAGUACCUCCAUGAUCUCCUGCAAGGAUUGGGCCUGCAAGGACCAACUGCAACCCCGACCCUAACACCAACCGCAACACCAACUCGAUCCGCAACUACAACUGCAACUGCAACACCAACAGCCACGCCCACUGCCAGAGUCGAGACCGAGCAAGACUUGGAGAACAUGCCAACACAAACAACGCACAUUGUCUACUCGAGCUCCACCAGCUACACGCCCACUGCCAGCGUCGAGACCAAGCAAGACUUGGAGAACAUUCCAACACAAACAACGCACAUUGUCUACUCGAGCUCCACCAGCUACACGCCCACUGAUAGCAGCAAUCCGGCGGAAUACACCCAUACCGUCAAAAACAUACACAACCACACCAGACCGGUCGAGAACAUCCAGGUUGGACACGGUUGGAAGUGGGGUAAUAAAAUUACAGCUGAUGAUUUACCUGCUAUCUUUGAUGCUGUGUAUAAGGAACUGGCGCAUCGACUCAGCGAUAGGAUUAACAGCUCUGAUGAGGUUGGAGUGGAGAACUUCCUGUGA